GCACUCUCCACUUUGCUCCGCUCCACGCUCCACGCUCCACGCUCCACCCCCAACUCUCCACCAUGGUCGCAAAGACUGCCAAGAAGGGCGGAAGCAAGAAGAUGUCGCCGUACAACCAAUACGUCAAGGUCCAGCUCGCCAAGCUCAAGGAGGCGGACGAGAAGGCGGGCGUCAAGGGCGACCACAAGAAGCGGUUCAAGCAGGUCGCGGAGAUGUGGAAGACUGCGCCUGAGAAUCCCGUGAGUGGUGGUGAGGGGAUGUGCGGGCUAGUGACUAAUGGUUGGGGACGGACGUCGCCUUGCUGAUGGACAGAAGCGUGUGAGCUAGCAAGCAUGUUGUACUUUGUACGGAGGAGUUGCAAGGACAG